AUGGCAAACUCAAGUGUCUCUGAUGCACAACUUCACCAAUUUUUCAAUGCCAUUGAUACGGAUCAUACCAAUUGUCUCAAUCCGACUGAACUUCAACGAGCACUCCUCUUGAACAGUGAUGGCUCCCCUUUCAACUUUGAUACUAUACAACUCUUGUUUAAUAUGUUUGAUUCUGAUCGUAGCGGUAGCAUUCAUUUCCAAGAAUUUGCAAGCUUGUGGCGUUACAUCGAAGAUUGGAAGAAGAUAUUUGUAACUUUUGAUCGUGAUAAUAGCGGAACAGUAGAUUCCUCAGAACUGAAAACUGCCUUGCAUGCAUUCGGGUUUAAUGUUAGUGAUCGAUUCUUAAAUAUUGUAAUAAGAAAAUAUAAUUCUAGACAUCGAGUUCCUGGCGGUCCAAAGAAUUCAUUGCAACAUAAUGCAACUGUAAAUUUUGAUAGUUUCGUUCAGAUUUGUGUUACGAUUAAAUCAUUGACAGAUACAUUUAGAACCGUGGAUAGUGAUGGUGAUGGUUGGGCAAAAAUUAAUUACGAAGAAAUGUUGGAACUUAUUGUGAAAAAUAUAUAA